AUGGCGGAUAAGUCACAUCCUAGAACAAAAGAAAUUUUCAAAAAGCUUGAGGCCUCAGAAAGAAGAUUAAGAGUGGCUGGGUAUGUCCCCGAUACAGAAUCCGUACUACAUGACUUGAGUCAUGAAGGCAAGGAGGAAUCUCUUUGCAACCAUAGCAGGAGGCUACCAAUUGCUUACGAGCUUGUAAGCACUUUUCCUGGAACCACACUUCAGAUUACCAAAACUCUGCGGGCAUGUGUGAAUUGUCAUUCAGCAACAAAGAUAAUAUCGAAGCUUGUUAACAGGGAGAUACUUGUAAGGGAUGCAGAUAGAUUCCAUCAUUUUAAGGAUGGAUUGCGUUCUUGUGGACACUACUGCUGA